AUGGGACCGUCACGCACAUCGCACCGAAAAUCACGCGAAGGCUGCACCCCGUUGCAUCGUCGCGCUCCAAAGUGUCCAGAGCAACGACCACGGUGCAGCAACUGCAUUCGCCUCGACAGAACCUGUACAUGGCCCGAAGCUGUUGCCCUUAAAAGGGUGGCUUCAGAAGGCCAGUCUCGCCGCGAUCGAGAGACUCCCUCAGCCUCCCAUUGUGCAGCAACGACCGACACCAGCUCUCGACAUCAAGGCGACACGGACGAACUGCCCCUGCAGGACCUCAGGCUCCUCCAUCAUUAUGUCUCCAAGACCUCCAGCGUCCUCGACGAGUGUAGUGAUCCCCAAAUCCUCAAGAUAUGGCAAGAUACAGUGGUGCAGAUCGCUUUCGAAUAUCCUUUCCUCCUCCAUGGUAUCCUCGCCAUCUCGGCGCUUCAUCUAGCCCAUGAAUAUCCGGCUGAGAGGGAAUCUUUCCUCCUACAAUCCUUCCGGCACCUCGAACCCUCGCUCCGCGUUGUGAAGAGCUCGAUAGCCAAACCCGCCGACGCUGCCACACCUGCUUUGUUUGCCUGCGCGUGUCUGCUCGUGAUCCACAGCUUUGGCGUUGGCGCCCUUGAAAAGCCGCAAGAUCCUAUCGGAUCGAUCCUCGGCAUCGUGCAGCUGAUACGUGGUGUGAGCGCGGUUUUGCGCAGCUCGUGGGACACUGUUCAUGGCGUCCAGCUCUCCGCUCUGGAGCCCUUGGUGGCCGGUGGUCUGUCCUCGGGCGUGCCCGGCCAUGUUGCUCAGAUCACUGCCCUAAAGCAGCAGGUGGCAUCGUUGUCGCAGUUUGACAUUCCUUUUGCAGAACGGAGUGCAUGCCUCGAGGCUCUGGAUCAUCUCGAGGCCGUCGUGCUCAAAGCAAAAGCACGCAGUGAAGAGAAGCAGGAGUCAGCGUUGGCCAUUCUGUUUUCAUGGCCUGUCAUUGUGUCGGAAGAGUUCAUGCCCCUGGUGGCACAACGUAGACAGGUGCCGCUGGCCAUUAUGGCGCACUUUGUCAUCCGGCUCGGGGUGAUUGGCCAAUGUUGGUGGCUGCAAGGCUGCAACACCAGGCUGACUAACCAGGUAGAACGGAUGCUGUGUGAACGCCUUCGUGUUUUCCUUGUCUGCCCGACCGAUGAUGUGGAGAUCGCUGCGACAGUACAGGCAGGAUCCAAGCCUCACCAAGGACGAUAA